CUAAAACUAACAUAACCUGUAAAAUAUUUUCUAAUAAAUAUCGUUUUAACUAACUAAAAUUGGUAUAUUUUCGAAUAGUAUAUUUAAAGAUCGAGAAAUGCGUUUUGUUCCUUCAUAAAACGGCAUUCUAAACAGUGUAUUAUUUAAAAAAAAAUGUCUGUUUUAAAACGUGUACAGCAAUGGGCAACUUUUGCUCGAAUUUGGCACUUAUACGACGCAGCAUGGCAAAAUCCUUUCUACUCGGCAGAGUUACUAAAGAAAUACCUCAUGGGUGCACACAAACCUAUCUAUCACCCAAUGAAUGAUUGUGGUGAUCAUGUAAUAGUAAUAAAUAGUUCAGAUAUUGCUUUACCAGGAGAUGAAUGGAAGAAAAGGGUGUAUUUUCAUCAUACUGGCUACCCAGGUGGCGCCUCUUGGACCCUGGCUUGGGAAUUACACAAAAAAGAUCCCACAUUGGUUUUAAAAAAGGCAGUGUAUAAUAGCAUGGAUGGCAAUUUGCAAAGGAGGUACACAAUGGAAAGGCUUCAUAUCUUCCCGGACGCCAAUGUACCAUCAAAUCUCUUAAGCAACAUUUCGAAUCAAAUUAAACAGCUAAGGCCUAAGCCCAAGAGGCUGGACGAGUAUACCGAGAAGGAAAUUCAGGAAUUCCCGAAACUUAUAGAUUUACCCAAAAAUCAUAUUUUAAGAUAAAAUAAAUAAAAGUAGAAUUUAGAGGAUAGUUUGUGAAUAAAAUUAAGAAACUGAAUUGUUUUUGAUUUUUAUUGAAGAUACAUAAUUUAUUAAAUCACUGGAACAUGUAGGUAAACAAGUCUGUAUAUCUCCUUUAUAUGUCUAAAUUAUGUUCUAAGGUAUAUCUGAUUCAAUAAUUAUUAUUAUAUUAUUUAUAAUUCACAAUUGGGCUGCCAGAUGGACACGCUCCACAUUGUAUUUUCCCUUAAAUCAAUACUAACAAACUAUUUGAGAAUCUAUGGAUUAAAAAAAUGAAACUUGCUUAUUUGAUGUAUAGUCACUGAGAAAAAAAAUCACUUCUAAAUUUGGUGAAAGAAUUGUUAAGAGAAGAAAACAAAUUUUAAUGGUUGUAGGGAGAAUGCAACAGACUACAUUCCGAAAUUUCUCUGGCUCUCAAUACUUAUUUUCAGAAAAUCACAGAUUACAUUUUUUUGCAAAAUAAAUAUAGUUUUGAUAACCCUAAUCUUAUUCUUACAUGUACAAUUUAAACUGAAGAUGUAAUUUGGAUGGAAGAAAUAAAAAAUGCUUCAAUAAACUAUGUAUGUUUAAUUUUGAUAACACAACGACUGAACAAUAAUUUCUUCUACCAUUUUUUAGAUACAUCAUUAUAAUCACCGUCCGGACUUUGGUAAUUUUCUAUAGGCGGCGUUUCGACAGGGCCUUCGAUUUUAUAAGGCAUCAUCAUUAAAUCAGGCUAUAAAAUAAAAAAUAUAUAUAUUUAGCUUAUUUUCAAUAAAUUAAUGUACCUGUAUGGCUUCUUGGUAAAGUUGUUCCGAUUCUUUUCUGAGUUCAUCCAAAGCCUUUUGUUGGGCAAAUUGUAUUCUAUCUAACAUCUGCAUGUCAACCAAAUGCUGUUCUCUUUUGUAUCGACACCAUUUUUUCUCUAAUAAUGCUCUAUUUUCUAAAAUUUCUUCUGAUAUACCUGGUAAGUUACGUUGACGAUUUCUAGAAUAAAAACAAAUUAAUUUUGAUACUUAAAAAAACAAGUAGGUGCUUACUUUAAAGUAUCUAGAAUCUCGAAAGGUAUUUCACAUUCAGAUAUCGGCUUUAAUUUACGGGCAUUUUUCUCAAGUUUUCUGAUAGCUUUUUCAAUUUUUUUCUUUUUUUUUUCCUCUCUAGCUUUAAUGAUAGCUGGGUCCAUUUUUUUCUUCUUUUUCAAAGGCUCCGCCCUAAAACACGUCCUUUUUAAUGAAUCAUUUAUAAAACUGUUUAACUUACAAUAGGACCGGAGUACUUCUGAACAGCAUGGGGGCGUUU